AUGCCGCCACCCCAUCUUCGGUAUUCCUAUGUAUCCAAAUCUAAAUCAAAGACUUCCAGAGUGUCAAUACCAAUCGUAUUGUCCACCUUUCUUGUGGCGUUGUUUGUCUUGAAUCUCUUGCGCAUGCCAUCGGCGUAUGUGGAAGACAACAUUGAACUUCAAUCGACAAAUGAAGAUUAUUCUUCUUCGUCUUCAAGAGAAGAAGCUAAAGAGACUGUUGCUAUGGCGACUUCCCUUACAAUCAAACCUGCCGCAGCUGCGGAAGAAGAUGAUGCAGAUGAUGCAGAUGAUACAGAUGAGGAUGGCAGUAGCAGUGUCUCUUCGCCCACAGUGACGGAGGAAGCACCAACAUUGAAACCAUUUGAAAUUUUGUGCACCACCGAACGAAGAAUUGCCACUGGUGGAGCUUACUUGAUUCGGUGUCGUGAUUUCAAACGCAUGGUGGAUCAUUGUACCAAUGACGUCAACAUUGCCUUGUACACACACAAUGAAUUGGUCCCCAAGGCCAAUAUGACAUACAAUGCUUCGGAAGCCGAAAUCUUUACCAAACAGUUUGAUGCCACUGUAACUAUCAAAUUCAUCAUCAAACCAAAUCCAAGAUUUGGUCGCUUGUUUUUGGAUGUGGUAGACCGCUACAAACUAAAGGCGGACGAUCUUGUGGAAGGCAUGGAAGUCAUCGUGCAGAAUGAGUAUCACGGGAGCGAUGUCUAUUCCAACAAAAAGUAUCACGUCGUGGAACAUUGGUACAAUAGUUUUCCAGAAGACAUGCUGGCCAGUAAGGACAUUCCUGGUAGUUUCAAACUACCCGAGAUCACACCCCUCGAAAAGAUGCGCAUGAUUAUUGUUUGGACCAAUCGGAUACAGCCCUGUCCCGAACUGACCUGGGAUCAUCCCGAUAUCACCAUGGGCUGCAUCCAUCGCAAAUUUCGAAUUGAAACUUGGUACAACAUGGAAUUGCCAGCCUUUAAUGCUUCUUCGCCUUUGACCUAUAAUGAGACGGAAAUCCAGCGACUCGAAGCCUUGUUGAAAGAUCCCGAUCAAGGGACGGGACGAAUCUACUACGAAAUCUUUUGGCUCUUUGAUGUGCUGGUGGUCCCGGCCAAAUUGGAAUCGGAAGAAAAGACCCGAUAUGGUAAUGUCCAACGAGCCAUUAGUCAAAUGAGAAGUGGGGUUCCAGUCUUGUUGGAAGUUUAUGGAGAUGUUCUAGAAGAUUUCAUGAUGCGCUACAAUUAUACCUGUGCCUAUGUCCGCCCGGAAGUGACCUUCAAAAUGCAGUUGCCCAAUAGAACCAAUUGGUGGACCUUGGACGAAGCUACCGUGGCCAUGAAGGAUCCGAAAUUGCGAAAGCAAUGUCAAACGGAAGGAUUGACCAUUGCCAAGGAUUAUUCACCCGCUCGACUGGUCGAACGGGAAUUGCGAAUAUUAGGAUACAAGGGCAAAUUUCAUUGCAAUUGA